AUGUUUCGCAUUGUUCAGCCAUGGAAGCAUUGGCAUUGCCGCGGCCAAAGCGCAAUUCGAGAAGCUCGAAGUUGGGUGAUUCGGCCCCCUGGAGCAUCAAAGGCACCUUGGGUGCCAGCCGACCUCACGGCAGACGAUGCACCUGCCCAGGCUCUUCGACGAGCACAUGUCCAAGGCCGAACCCUUCCAAAAAAAGCUUAUGUGGUGCCUCGACUGGAUCGAGCCACCUGGAGAUGGACUGAUGUACGUGGAGACAAGAUCUACUACAGGCAGUGGAGCUAUUCCUCCCGUCCAACGGAAGCCUGGUUGGAAGGCGGUAUGCCCAAGUCGAUGAAUCGAGAUGACGGGCUGACGACCUUGGAGGCGCAACGCUGGCGGCGGUGUACCAGCACCAACAGAGACAGCGACGGCUUGAGCUUGGAGGAUUUGAGGUCCUUGGCUGCGAAAGCAACAAGCAGAGCGGACCAAAAAGCCGCAGGGGUGCACUCGAUGACAGAGUCAUGGUCGUACAUGAAGGACAAACAGGCGAAAUUAGGCGAAAUAGGACCAUGGUCACAUGGUAUCCAGAUGGUAUCCGGAUGGUACAGAGAACGUCCAGUGAUGGCACCUCCAACUUUGGUCUUGUCUUUGCGCGGCCAAAGUGCCGUUGAGACUUGA